CGCAGGAGUCGUCAGAAAUUGCCCGUCCUGGCGAUCUAUAAAGAACAGCGCCGGUCCUACUUGGCCGGUUCGCAGCCCAUUUCCAGCCUAGACGGAGCCAACCCUGAGUAUCACUACAGGCCAGGCGCCAUGGUCCCGUCAGGCGCCGCGAGCUCCCGGAGGGGAAAGACGGAAUUCUUGUCCAACAAGUGGGCGAAGCUGUUCUUCUUCGUAGUCGCAUUGCAGGCCCUCAUCGGCGUGACGUUCGAAGCCUACGUCUUUGGCCGGUCCCAAGUAAGCCUAGCGAAGCCGGAUAUCGACGACCCGACCCUCAAUUCCCAGUACAAGACAAUACCGACAUUCCUCGCCCUCUUCAUCUUCGGCUUUCUGUACAUGCUGCUCCUGUCGUGGGAUGCUCUGCGGCUCAAGAACACGAUUCAGAUCAUUGGCAUAUGCGUGGCCAACCUCGCGCUGCUCAUCUACACAAUUCUCCAGAUUGACCAGAUCAACAACUCGGUGGAGACGCUGCAGCGAAAUGGUGUUUUAAAGACGGAUGAUGCCGACAACAACCUCUGGGCAAAGACAAAGCCGUUUCUCAUCGCGAUUCCUGCUAUCAUUGGGGUGGCCUCGGUUGCGCUGGCCUAUUUUGCCUAUCAGCUUUAUCGCGAGUUUGCCUGGGACAUCCUGAAGCAGAUUGGCGCCGACUAUCGCAUGAAGAAGCGCUUUCUGCACUACCAGGUCUACAUUGCCCUGCUCAAGUUUGAUUUCUUCUUUUUCCUCGGCUUCACAGUGCAGUUCUUGGUCAUCGUCACGGGCAAGACGGAUCCCGAACUCGGCCUGACGCUGGCCGCGAUUCCCGUCACGAUUGCGAUUCUGCUCUUCGCGGCCUUCUUCACGCAGCGCGAGAGCAAGAUUGGCAUGUUCGCCAUCAUUGUGCUGUACUUUGGCGGCCUGGCCUACUUCUUCUUCAAGCUUGUGCGCAUCUACCAGCCGGGCAAGAGUCAGAACUAUGAUGCCGUCAGACGGUCCCUCACGGCGUUUGCUGUCCUGACCAUCAUCCUCAUCAUCUGCACCAUCAUCAACGCCUUCAUCUGCAUGAGCAACUUUGGCGCCGGUCUCAAGAACCACCUCGUCCGGCCCAAGGGCCAAGAUCCCGAGAAAGACGACUCCAACUCGUAUCAAAUGCACGACAACAAGGCCCAGCUGCCGAGCCGCAUGACCAUUGAUUGAGAAACCGCACUUGCAUAUCGGUGUGGAGGACGCGGAAUGGCCGAAUAGCGGCCGCAAUAUUCCCAACAAAUAACGACUUACGACCCGGUUUCUAAAUGGGCGCUCUAGUCUGGAAUGGAACUAUCUCUUUGUUUUUCUAUUCAAUAUCACAGCGU